AUGCCUCAUGCCGCUGCCCCCUUCCAUCCUCUCCGCUUCCCCUCUAGCGCCAGCACACCGCAGCAAGCUGCUGUUGCUGGUCCACAUCAUCACCACCAUCACCAUCAUCAUGCCGUUCACGCCCAUCCGCCUCACCACCACCAUCACAACGUGAGACCUCCGCCUAUGCCUUCGACCCGCCAACCUCAAACCACCAUUUCCAACCAGGAGUUGCUUGCAUCCGUGUCGAGCCUGCCACAGAAACAUCUCGGAAGUCAUGUCUACACCACUAAACUCAGCCUGCCUCCGAGGGAGUCUACUCCGCUUGACUUCAAAUACCACUUCAAGAGCGCUGUCAAACCCAUACCACGCUUCGAAGACAAGGCCAAUUGCACCUUCACCGUACGCGUACCUCGCGCCUAUCUUGGAGCUUCUAAUGCGUUCGAAGAAGACAGCGACAACGUAGCUGGUGGCCUGGAAGAGAUAUGCAAGACCCGCGCAGUCUGGGGCUCCGAUGUCUACGCCGACGACUCCGACCCUGUAGCCGCCGCUGUUCAUUCGGGCUGGAUCCGUGGUGACUUUGGCGAAUACAACGAGGAUCUUCGCGAGCUAUUCAACGAGGGCACAGACGAAGCUCUGGAGACUCCAGAACUGGGCAAAAUCUACACGGAAAAGCCCACAAAGCCACUGCGCACAUCGACGAAAGCAGAAUUGCACAUCACGGUGCUCAUCUUGCCAGCCCUAACCCACUACACAGCUUCGACACAGAACUUCCUGCGCUCUCGAGAAUGGGGAUCCGACCACGACGGUGUCAGCUACAUGAUCCACUCGAUCGAGUUCGUAGAGGAAAGCUCGACCAACAGAUUCACUGAACGCAGUGCAGCUGCCAAACACCAGCGCAUCAGAGACGAUCUGGCUCGUAGGAAAGAAGCAGCGGAGAGCCUGCUCGGGCUACUGCAGGGCUCCACGGGAACCAUGACGCCGGCGAGCUCGAAUGUCUCUGUUGGCGCUUAG